AUGCAUAUUCUGUUCAACAUAUUUUUCCCAGCACAAAUAAAUAGAUAUUAUCUUCAGGUUUGGGAAAAUUUCAUUCGAGUUUUUGAAUAGAGCGAAAAUAUCCCCUUUGGUGGGCAUAAUGUUCACAGUCAUUUCAUUUCCAGCAACUUGAAGUUUGCGAGAAAGUUUGAUGUGAAACAAAGGGUUUUUUCAAACUCUUUCUUUUGUUUUUUGUUUUUUCUUUUAUAUUCAGCUACCCAAAAUGUUCGGGAGGUUUCUAUUGGUAGAAGUCCUGCUUCUUUUGGCCGGUUAUGGUUUCAGCGUAAGGAAGGCACCAAAAAAGUAAACGAUUUCAUUUCAUUGCAGUUCUCAAACAUUCAUGUGGUCUACUUCUUUUUCCCGGUUGCUCUUCUCAAACUGUGAGUUAAUGAGAAAAAGUUAUAAAAUGCAAACCCGAAAAACUCCCGGAUUAGGUACUAUUUCGCCAACCAAGUUGUCUGGUGCUACAUCACGGGGUACAGUGACUACAGUCGGUUCACCGUCGAAGUUCUCAACUUCAUCCCCCCGGGACUCUGCUUCCUCUCAGUUGCUUUGGAUCUCACCUACAUCCUUCUGGUCAGUUUCUGCUCAAACUUUUCGAAAAGAUCAUCAAAGACGCAUUUUCAAAAAGUCUAAAAGAAGCAGCUGCUCUUUUGUGAAGCUUCGAAUAUUUUAGAGGCUGUCAGAAAGCCUAAUCGUUAAUUAAAAUUUCCUACUUUUUGAGAUAUGGUCAUCCAUUGACAAAAAUUUCCACACAGCAGAGUACUUUCCGAAACUCUUCACCAAAAAAAGCUCUUUUUGCUGUAUCCCGAGUUGGGACGUUUCGAUGUUGGAACAUCGGUUACAUUAACUAGGGAAAGUUUCUUAUCCCCCCCCCCUCUCCAUCCGGUUGGACUAUCGAUAAAACUUUGCUGAGGUGUACUUUAGGACCUCCUGAUUGCAAAAAAAGUAAAAUAUUUUUUUGCAAUAAAUCUGGUCUUUGAGUGAGAACUCUUCAAAAGCUUGAAAAAGCGCAUUUCCGUCAUAAUUAUGUAGUUUUUUGAAGCUUCAAACUCGAAAACAAGAUCUAUUGCGAUAAAUUUGUUUCUUGUGCUGCAAUCUGGAGGUUCUAAAAUAAACAUUAGCGAAGUUUCAUCAAUAGUUCAACCGGGGGGAAAAAGUUUCCUUGUAAGUUCGUCAGGUGCUAUAGCCCAUUCCGCAUCAGCUUUUCACGUUUUUCUUCCCGCUAAAAAACCGUAAUCCAAAUUCAAUCGGAUUUGAACAACUUCGCUUCUAGACCUUUGUUCUUUGCUGUUUGUUUUGCUGUUUUCAAGAGCAGAGUUGCGAAAAAAAUUUGUUCGAGUGUAACCUUUUUUUCGCUGUUGUUUGAAAACUCGACCGCCUUGCGCGAAACUCUAUAAAACUGCAAAAAAAGUAAAGCGAAAACAGAGGUCUUGAAGCGAAGCUGGUCUAAUUGGGUUUACGGUCUUCUGGCUGGAAAAAAAAACGUGAAAAGCUAGGGCGGAAUGUACUAUAACAGUUGAGACAUAGGAGCAUCAUUUUCACCAGAAGAGACCGGAAAAACUUUUGAUUUGAAAUCGGUGCUUCAAAGCACAUUUUUUCUGAAUCCUAGAAAUCUUUCAGUUUGUUCAUUUUUAUUAAAUCUGCGUAUUUUUUGUAAUCAAAUUUUUUCGAGACUUCUGAGCAAAUUAAUGAAACAUAACUUUUGGAAGAAGUAAAGAGCCUAAUCCACUCACUCAAAACUACAAAAUCCUAUUCCCAUGACAACUUUCAGACUCUGCUCGUGCCUCAGUACGUUGUCGUCAUCAUGAGGUUCACUUUUCUCAUGUAAGUAAUGUUUCUCAUGUCGAAGGAAGUUUGCCUAAUCUGGCAAUCAGUUCCUAUUCGUUAAUCUGGAAGCCAGGCAAAGAACUCAUUUGCAGUGAGCUGUCGUCGAUUCAGACCAACCAAGAAAUUGUUGGUGUCCUGUGA